AUGUGGACGUUCGACCCUUUUGUGGACGAUUUUACAAAACUGGAAGAAAGAAUAUCCAACUACCUCUCCAACACAAAAAUAGAGUUCUGUCCAUUAAAAACACCUCAAAUCGACUUUGAUUUUCAAUUAUCACUCAACCGUCUAAUAAAAUCAUACAAAUCUGGACAUUUCAAGUCAUCCUAUGAACUCGGACUAAUUCUCCGCACUGUUGCUUGGGAGAAAUUGAAUUCCUGGCACUGGGCUGACGUCCCUUCUGUGUGGAGACAAGCCUACUACUUUGUGAGUCUAAUCCUCGUAAUUUCCCGUCUUUUAUUGGGCCAUGAUUGCCUCUCUGUGCUUGUGGAUUGUGACCAUGCACUUCUGAUGGGCUGUUCUUUUGGUGAUGACGUCAUCUCCGGCAUUGCUUUGAUCCUCCAUGACAUGGUUGGUGGUGGAAAUGAGGUGUGCCUUCCUCCAGCAGGGGAAGAAGGGUCACUUUUGAGGUUCGAAUAUUUAACUGAACUUCCUCGGGUUGAAAAUAUUGGUGUGGAAGAUUUUAUUUAUUAUUUUAAUAAUCAAUUGCCGUGUGUGAUAACUGGUUCUUGUGGGCAUUGGCCCGCCUUUUCUGACCGUCGAUGGAAUGUCCAAUAUUUUAUGUCUUUGGCCCAACAUCGAACAGUCCCUGUGGAGAUUGGAAAGAAUUACAUGACUGAUCACAACUGGCACCAAAAACUGAUGUUUUUUAAGGAUUUUGUGAAUGAUUAUAUAAUCAAUCAGUCACCUGUGGUCGGAUAUUUGGCUCAACAUAACCUACUGGGUCAAAUCCCUGUCUUAAAUGAAGAUGUGAUUACCCCUGAAUAUUGCUAUGUCUCUGACUGUGAUGACCGGAAGUGA